AUGACCAGCAGUGAGUGUGGGAGCAGGCAGUCCAAGGUAACCAGCCGUGAGAGUGGGCGCAGGCAGUCCAAGGUAACCAGCCGUGAGAGUGGGAGCAGGCAGCCCAAGGAAACCAGCCGUGAGAGUGGGAGCAGGCAGUCCAAGGUAACCAGCCGUGAGAGUGGGAGCAGGCAGUCCGAGGUAACCAGCUGUGAGAGUAGGAGCAGGCAGUCCAAGGUAACCAGCCGUGAGAAUGGGAGCAGGCAGUCCAAGGUAACCAGCAGUAAGAGCGGGAGCAGGCAACCCAGGGUGACCAGCAGUGAGAGUGGGAGCAGAAAGUCCAAGGUGACCAGCAGUGAGAGUGGGAGCAGACAGUCCAAGGUGACCAGCAGUGAGAGUGGGAGCAGACAGUCCAAGGUAACCAGCAGUGAGAGUGGGAGCAGGCAGUCCAAGGUAACCAGCCGUGAGAGUGGGAGCAAGCAGUCCUAG